AUGUCAGACUCGGUUGAUCGAGUCUUCAGCCAUGCGCUCAACACCGUCAACAAGAUACGGACGGGGUCGCAGAAACCGCCGUCUGCGACCAGGUUACGCUUGUAUGGGCUAUAUAAGCAGGCCAUGGAGGGCGAUGUCGACGGUAUAAUGGAAUGUCCAAGGGGGAAUGAUGACCAGUCGCAACGAGCACGGGAGAAAUGGGACGCUUGGAAACAGCAGAACGGUCUCUCCCGCACCGAAGCCAAACGCCGCUACAUCACAACCCUCAUCGACACCAUGCACAAGUACGCCUCACCCUCGCCCGACUCCCGAGAACUAGUCGCCGAACUUGAAUUCGUCUGGGACCAAGUAAAGUCCAACGUGCCAUCCUCCUCCUCCUCCUCGCCACUACGAACCUCCGACCACAUAACCCCCGGCUAUUCCCAGCACGAACUGGGCCAAAGCGGCCGCGCAGCCAUGAACAGCAGUAACGACAUGGACCGCUCUCGACACGAGCCCCAACACUCGGAACGCCGCGACGUUCCCCUCCGCGUCAAAUCACCAAUGUCGCAAUCCGAAGAAGAGCUCGAGGAAGAGGAAGCAGAAAUCGAUCGCGAGGGCGAAGUCUUCGUCGACGCCCCAGAUUCGCAAUACAACCCUACAUCCUACCCAGACGAUGACGCCCCUGAACUCGAAGACGCAGGCGUACAAACCGAUUUACAACAGUUGAUCCGCGCUGAACCUAUACCCAUACAAACACCUACGCCCGCGCCACGGAAUCGCGGCAUGGGCGUCCUGGGUAAACCUAUCCAGAUGCCCAUUCCAGGUUUCGGCAGCACACCUGCCCCAGCUGGAAACGGUGCAGCAGGGGGAAAAGACACAUCCCCGAAAGAAUCAGUCGCAGACCAAAAAUGGAGAAAGCGCGUUGAGCAAUCGCUCAUGAAGAUGACGGCUGAAGUCGCCGCAUUACGAGAACAAUUAGAAGCAAGAAGACUCUUCGCACAUUCAGUACACUAUCAGCUAUUCAGGGGCGUGUGGAGAUGGGUGUGGGCGUGCUUCAAGCAUAUAGCCGUUGAUGUAUUUAUACUGGGUAUAGUGUUGCUGUGGAUGAGGCGGAAAAAAGAUAAGAGGUUGGAAGGGGCGAUACGAGUGUUACUUGGUGAUGCAGUAGCGCAGAUGCAAAGGGGUGGCGGGAUGGUGUUUGGGCGGGUUAGAUUACCGCUUUUAGGGGGAGGGAAGAAAGGGGGCACAGCAACGUCAACAUGA